GCGCGCGCUUGGACCGACGCGCAACGGCCUCCCUCCCCAGCCCCCUGCGCCUCGACCGCCCGGGCACGCCACCGCGCAUGCAGCCGUCCGCCCCGCCCCGCGCUCCCGCGUGAGCACGGCUGGGCUCACUCCACUCCACUCCUCUCCCCCCGCCCACCGUCUCCCUCCCCGUGCUAUAUAGCGCGCGCCCCCGCGGCCCUCCGGAUCGCAGCCUAGCCUCCGCAGUCGCCCAGCGCAGCCCCCGCGUUUCACUCCCAGCGGUCGCAGGCGGGUUUAAGCGCCGGUUGGUCGCGCUUCGAUUUCGAUCCAUCCGAUCCGAUCCGGCUGCGGAGAGAGGCGCGAGAUGGCGGUGGCGCCGGCGUUGGCGGUCUCCGGGGCCGUGGUGAGGGCUCCCCGGCCCACCGGCGGCGGGGAGAGGAGGCGCGGGUCGGGGCGGCCGUCCCCGUCGCUGGUCUUCUUCUCUCGGGGUGCUCGGGAUGGAGGUUCAGGAAGGCGCAGGGCCAUGCGCGCGGCGGCCGCGUCCGGGAAGGUGAUUGUUCCCGAGGGCGAGAACGACGGCAUCACAUCCUCGGCCGACUCGGCUCAGUUCCAGUCCGACGAACUAGAGGUACCAGACAUCACUGACGGUCAGAUCGAGUCUUCAGAGACAACGCAAGGUGCCCGUGAGGCUGAUGCUGAAGCCUUGAACAGGAAGGUAUUAGGAUCAGCUCCCCAGGAGAAACCGCGAGCUGUUCCACCACCGGGGGAUGGGCAGAAAAUAUUCCAGAUUGACCCCAUGCUGCAAGGCUAUAAAUACCAUCUUGAGUAUAGGUACAGCCUCUACAGGAGAAUCCGUUCAGAUAUUGACGAGCAUGAAGGAGGCUUGGAAGCCUUCUCCCGUAGUUAUGAGAAGUUUGGAUUUAAUCGCAGUGCUGAAGGUGUCACCUAUCGAGAAUGGGCUCCUGGAGCACAUUCUGCAGCAUUGGUGGGCGACUUCAACAACUGGGAUCCAAACGCAGACCGUAUGAGCAAGAAUGAGUAUGGUGUUUGGGAGGUUUUUCUGCCUAACAAUGCAGAUGGUUCAUCACCUAUUCCUCAUGGUUCUCGUGUAAAGGUGAGAAUGGAUACUCCAUCAGGGAUAAAGGAUUCAAUUCCUGCCUGGAUCAAGUACUCAGUGCAGCCCCCAGGAGAGAUACCAUAUGAUGGGAUUUAUUAUGAUCCUCCUGAAGAGGUGAAGUACGUGUUCAAGCAUCCUCAACCUAAACGGCCAAAAUCACUGCGGAUAUAUGAAACACAUGUUGGAAUGAGUAGCCCGGAACCGAAGAUCAACACAUAUGCAAACUUCAGGGACGAUGUCCUCCCAAGGAUAAAAAAACUUGGAUACAAUGCAGUGCAAAUAAUGGCAAUCCAAGAGCACUCAUAUUAUGGAAGCUUUGGAUACCAUGUUACUAAUUUUUUUGCACCAAGUAGUCGUUUUGGAACCCCAGAAGAUUUGAAGUCUUUGAUUGAUAGAGCACAUGAGCUAGGUUUGCUUGUGCUCAUGGAUGUUGUUCACAGUCAUGCGUCAAGUAAUACUCUUGAUGGAUUGAAUGGUUUUGAUGGUACGGAUACACAUUACUUUCAUAGUGGUCCGCGAGGCCAUCACUGGAUGUGGGAUUCCCGCCUGUUCAACUAUGGGAAUUGGGAAGUUUUAAGAUUUCUUCUCUCCAAUGCUAGAUGGUGGCUUGAGGAAUAUAAGUUUGAUGGUUUCCGUUUUGAUGGUGUGACCUCCAUGAUGUACACUCACCAUGGAUUACAAGUAUCAUUUACGGGGAACUUCAAUGAGUAUUUUGGCUUUGCCACUGAUGUAGAUGCAGUGGUUUACUUGAUGCUGGUAAAUGAUCUAAUUCACGGACUCUAUCCUGAGGCUGUAUCCAUUGGUGAAGAUGUUAGUGGAAUGCCUACAUUUGCAAUUCCUGUUCACGAUGGUGGAGUAGGCUUUGACUACCGGCUGCAUAUGGCUGUGGCUGACAAAUGGAUUGAGCUAAUGAAGCAAAGUGACGAAACUUGGAAGAUGGCUGAUAUUGUGCACACACUAACAAAUAGAAGGUGGUUAGAGAAGUGUGUUACUUAUUCUGAAAGUCAUGAUCAAGCACUAGUUGGUGAUAAGACUAUUGCAUUUUGGUUGAUGGACAAGGAUAUGUAUGAUUUCAUGGCUCUGGAUAGACCUUCAACACCUACCAUUGAUCGUGGGAUAGCAUUGCACAAGAUGAUCAGACUUAUCACAAUGGGUUUAGGAGGAGAAGGCUAUCUUAAUUUCAUGGGAAAUGAGUUUGGACAUCCUGAAUGGAUAGAUUUUCCAAGAGGUCCGCAAAGGCUCCCAAGUGGUAAGUUUAUUCCAGGGAAUAACAACAGUUAUGACAAAUGCCGUCGAAGAUUUGACCUGGGUGACGCGGACUAUCUUAGGUAUAAUGGUAUGCAAGAGUUUGAUCGGGCAAUGCAACAUCUUGAGGAAAAAUAUGGAUUUAUGACUGAUGAUCACCAGUACAUUUCUCGGAAACAUGAGGAGGACAAGGUGAUUGUGUUCGAAAAGGGAGAUUUGGUAUUUGUGUUCAACUUCCAUUGUAACAACAGCUUUUUUGACUACCGUGUUGGCUGUCGGAGACCUGGGAUGUAUAAGGUGGCCUUGGACUCAGACGCUGGACUCUUCGGUGGAUUUGGCAGGAUCCAUCACGCCGCAGAGCACUUCACCACAGACUGCUCGCAUGACAACAGGCCCCAUUCGUUCUCGGUGUAUACACCAAGCAGAACCUGCGUCGUCUAUGCUCCAGCGGACACAAUGACGCCGGAAAGUAGUGAGGAAAGCAAGUAAAAUAAAAAAGAACAUGCUGCCAGUACAGCUAGUUGCAUGCAUGGUUUGCUUUUUGUGCCUGAGAUUAGGAUGUGAUUUGCAACCUCUGCCAUUGGGUUGAAUAAGGUUCUCCUUCAAUCCAUGCUGGAAAGGCCAGACAUCUUUUUGCUGUGUGUUGUGCUCUCAGUUUAGUAGAUCUUUGCUACCCUUCAGGAUGUCGGUAAAACAUAGCUAUUUUGUUUCUUUCUUUCUUUUAUUUUAUAUAUCCUUGGUGUCUG